CCCACUGCCCAGAAGGAGCAAGUAGGAACCUCUCCUAUCUCCACAGGGGAAGACCCAUCGCUAGAGAACAGGCUGGAUUGAAGACACAGUCCAGUCAGCAAGCAGGGAACCAGCCCAGAAGGCGAGACACCCAAAGAGCUUCUGGAACCCGGCUCGGAAGAGGAGCGCGGUCCCAGCCCCCGGAAAUCGCAGCAAGGCCGCCUCUCACCGGAUCCCAGCACUGCUGUUCGGAAGGAGAGCGUUGAGCUGCAAUGGCUGCUCCUUCUGAAACUGCCCCUGCUUCUGCACCUGAACCUGCUUCUGCUUCUGCUCAUGUUCAUCACCCAGAAUCAAUCAGCUGGGAGUGCCCCCACAAACAUGAUCUACAUCAAUUCGAAGAGAAUGUGACCCUGGAUCCGAAAACAGCUCAUCCCAACCUCUACCUGUGUGUGAAACAGAAGUGUGUGACGUACAAAGAUGAACCGCAGACUGUGCCCUCAAACCCUAAGAGAUUUGAAAACUUUUUCUGCGUGCUGGGAUCUAAGGGGUUCACCUCGGGGAAUCAUUACUGGGAGGUGGUGGUGUGGAGUCAGAAGGAUUGGGCUGUGGGGGUGGCCAAAGAGUCUGUGGGGAGAAAGGGGUGUAUCAAUCUUACCCCAGAGUUCGGGGUCUGGGCUCAGGGGCGUUGGUGGGUUGGAUGUGACUAUGGAGGAGGGUAUGGAGGAGGGUAUGUAGGUGGGGUUGGACCAUCUGCCUCCGAGCAUAGAGAGGACGAGGACGAGGAGCAUGAGUCAGAGCACAGGGGAGAGCAUAGGGAGGGCGAGGCGGCGAAUCUGCCACUAGGGUACGAGGGAGCUGAGACGAUUGGGGUUUUUCUGGAAUAUAGAAAAGGAAAAAUGACCUUUUACGAACAGGACAAGGUCACAAUCAUGCGAGCCAAUUUCGAUGGCAAGAAAGUCUUUCCUUUCUUCUACGUGGGCCCAGGAGUCCACCUCAAAGUGAUUCCCUGAGACACGGAGGAAAUAUCCCGCAGCAACCCUCUGACAUGGAUUUCUUGGGUUCCCCCAGCGGCUAUCCUAGCCUCAAAGUCUCUAUGCCCCUGGCGGACGCCUUCACAUUCCCGACAGGACUUUCCUAACUGCAUAGUUGCUAAUACCUCUGAUUCUGCCGGGCUCCCAUGUUCCUGUAGAGUUUUUUCUUGCCACGUCUCCCCUAAGGAAUGGGAUAGUGUAGUCGAUUCACCAAUUAACUGAAAAGCAAAAGAUUAUCAAUUAAUGCUAUAGACUACACACUUUCCUCCCUCCCUGCCCUUGCCAGUACAUUUUUCAGCAGGCUGGCCAACAGCCUGCCUGAGUCCUGGCCUGCACCAGGUCCAGGAUCCACCCCCUCUGUGGCUCUGCAUUUAAAGUGUAUUAGGAGCCAGGCA